AUGAUCAACUACACCAAUCCGCGUCCACCAGCUCAGAGACACCCGCUCCGCAGUGUCAACGAAAAUGUCGCUCUUCUACGCUCCCCUGAUCCCCUGGAGAGCAUGCUCAAGACCACAACCGAAACCGGUGAUAUCGGAAUCUUUUCCAUCGGGCCAAACUCUUCCUCGGCCCCUUUUGCUCGUCCCAAAAGGUCCAGAUCGCAUCCCAGAGAGGCACAUCUACCGCUGCCUGCACGCUCGUUGGGGUAUGAUGAUGGCUAUUACUGCCGUCCAGAUAGCCCUAAGAGGCUGCGUUCCUAUCGCGACACCACGUCUGAAAUCAUUUCUCUCUAUGGAUCUGAAAGUCAGAAAACACUAUUGUCUUCGGUCUCCCCAACGAGCAUCGACGAUGACCCCAGAUCAUACUCCAUGACUACAACCAGCUCAAAGCGGAUUCCGUCUCAAAAGUCCACUGGCACAUUACAAAGCCAGUCAAGCGGAGGUGGUUUCCAACGCCCGAGAUCUCCUUUUCCAUACCCAACCCGACUGAAGCGCCCAGGGGUUCGACCAGCCUCUCCAGCUCUCAGGGAGAAUGGGGAUAUCGACUACAGUAGAAUGGUUGAGCUUGAUCGGUUUUCCCAAAGAACUAUUCAUGGGUCAUACAAGCCUACUUAUGCCCAUGGCCCUCGACGGCCCCUUCCAAUGGCCUUUCGUCCCGAUGUAAAUAGGUCAGCGUCUUCAUUGCCAUCGAGAACGCUACACUCGCCUUAUCUCUACGCACCAGUGCCUUGCCAUGCCAGAGGUCCCAACCCCUCCCUGCCGUGGGGGUUGCCCAGGCAAGCCAACCGGCACCAACGAGGUUCCAUUGACCAAAGUACUCGCUCGGCAAGUCUAACUUCCAUUGUUGAAAUGUAUGAUAGGCCAGUGACCUCAAACUCGAAUUGUGUGCCGCCGCCCGUCCAAUCGCCCGGCUCUUUCUACUACGACUACAGUGAGCAAUUCGAGGACCAACCGCCUUGGGACAUGGAUUUGGACGUGCCGCUACACCCCAUACCGCAGAGGGUUGAAAACAUUCGCCACUCUCUGUUGCUACUGGACAAUAUCCAGGGAAGUUUUGAAGUAAGCGGCAACUACCCGGACUCGAUAAAAUCCAAUGUGCAAGAAGUCGGAAAGGCUUCAAUAGAGCCUUCCCGGUUGUCAGAUGCUGCAGAUGGCAACUCAGAAGAUAAUCAAGCUCAGCAGCCAACUUCUAAAGAGGAAGAUGGUGCCAUGGAAAGGCCAUCUCUUUCUGAGCCAAGUCCAAAAGGGACCCCUUUGAUAACUCUAUCCGAUGAAGGACAGAGCCAGCCACUGAUUCUCUCAAAUCAAGUGUCACCGGAUGCAGAUGCAGAUGCAACUGAUAUACUUUCAAUGACGAGCGAUUCGACUUCUUUGGGAUCACCAGCUCCUUUGCAGACCCCUUCAAAGAUACUAGAAACCAACUUUAAUGUGGCGAGUGAAUCUUGGAGUCAAAGGUCAUCUCGGGUUGGUCUUCCAAAGCUGAGAUAUUCCUUGGAUCCUGCGUUGUCGGAAUUUGCUUCAGUUUUGUCAUCCUUUGACCGCUUGGGAAGGAUUCAGGUCUCAAAAGACAGCGAUAUGCAGUCUGUGAAUGGAGGAUGCCAUGACACCUCUGUAUACCAGCAGGAUGAUGUGCACGCGGCUACCCUGAAACGUUCGAGUCGGCGGCCGUCACCGACAACACCCGGCCCGGCUGAUGAAGAAGAUGGCGUAUACCUAAAAUGCCACCGCAGGAAUGUUGCGGCUAUGCGGAUAAGCAUAACUGGUAUUGUCCCAGACGGAAUUGUAAUGCAUACACCGGAGCGUCACAACAACUUGGGAAUCCUCUGCCCAGAACCCAUUUCGCCCGUACGUGAACUAAGAGUCAAGGAAAGCAUACCUCAGCUGAUGAAAGCCCUACCACCGCUCCCAAGAGAAGCUGAGAAGCUUUCAGGCUACGGUACUGCAGGCACCCCAGCGUUAAAUGGUUACUCGGGGCAUGCCGGCUUGAUGCUGGACAAAGAGUGUACUGCAGCAAUGAAGCGGCCCUUGGAAACAAGGCAAACUUCAUCUUCGCCCGCAAUUUCACGGCUUUCGCAAGACUUUCACCCCAAGUUAAAACUCAGGGCUCGAGCACCGUCGUCAUCUCCCGGAAAGGGUGGUAAUGUGUUAUGCUCAGUUACAACUGUAAGGCGAACUUAUGCCGGCAGCCACGAUCACGAGUAUGGCCCAGCAGUGCGACCAAAGCUGAAACUCAAAAUACCGCGUAGUCAAGCUCAACCUGGCAACAGCGGGCUUUCUCCAUACAACAAUCGGUUGAAGCAAUGCAACUCGCUCGCAGAGCUGGCACCCUGUCUUAAAAAGAGUGCAACAGAUGAACAUAUUCGGAUUGACAUGGGCGGCAAAACACAAGCGUCGAGCAUUGGUUCAACAGAAAGGGACAUGGCAGCAAUGGAAGAACAGUCUAUCCGUUUAGAGCCAUCACCACAGCUGUCUGAUCAGUUCAAUAUCCCUUAUCCGCCAUCACCGGCUAGGGGGGCAGCACGUUCAAGUCAUCCUGCUACAUCAGCAAAUGAGGAAGAAGAAGUUGAGAUAUGCAGCAGCCGUGCAGGCAGGCCUCGUGGGCUACGAGGCAAGCUUUCGGUACUUCGGUUGCGAUUCGCCAGCCCACAAAGUUAUGCCACCGCACCAGAGGAGACAUUUUUUGUGCCUUACACGGAUAAAAAGUCGACUUCUAUUCCACCCGCAGCCGCCAGCAAGGAUACAGAUGGCUCUCAUGGGGCGGAAAUAGGCACAACGAAUCAACCACUUCCUGUUGAAGAAGAGAAAGUGAGGCGGCGUGUCAAGCAGUGGGCACGAGAUGUCAAAAAGGCUGUCCGUUUGUAUGUGAAGAGGACCUGGGAACGGUCUCCCAAGGUGAAGGUGGACGGACACCUGAUUAACGGAAUCUUGAUUGGUGUGUGA